CUGGUAGCCUCCCGGGUUCCAAACCGAUCAGCUGUUUAGCAUUACAGCAAUCUUUUUGACUAUGCAACAAGAGUUAUGAUCUCCACCUAAGCAAUAAAUGUUACCAAGCUAUGUCUGAGAACAGACAUGGCAGUGUACAAGAAAACUCACAGAAUGGUCAGACACAGACUCGAAACUUGCAUGUUAAUCACAUGACUCAGGAGAACCAAUCAGAAUCAAGAUACCAUGUCUUGAUAUAUAAUCAGAAUAACAGGGCGCCCCAAAAUGCUGCUGAAACAACAUCUGGCAGAGCAUACACUAUUGUACAACUUGGCCAACAUUUCAACCUACAAAUGGCAAACCAGUCAAACCCAAAUGCAGCCUUCCAUAAUAGCAAUAACUUCACAGACUCUCCAUUGAACAACCAGUCUACAGGUAAUAAUUAUUUUGAAAACCAGGCUAAAUUUAGCAGUACAAACCACCUUCAAGUUAACCACACAACCAACACUACAAAUGAGAGUUUUAACAGCCAGUCUGGAAAAAACUUAGUUGUGAAUGCAGGCGGCCAGUCUGUAAGUAAUAUUGCCACCAUGCUUACUAGAAAUCAGUUAACAAGUAGCACUACCCAAUAUCUGAACCAGUCUAAUGUUAUAUCUUCUAGAUAUCCAGGUAACCAGUCUGUGAACACCACAGUACUGUACACAGGGAACAAGUUUUCUGGUGCUGCUACACCAAAUGCAGGUAAUCAGACUGUGAACACCAUUACACAGUAUCCAGGGAACCUGUCUGUGAACACUACGCAAUAUCCAGGCAGCCUGUCGGUGAACACCUCUACACAGCAUAAUAUUAUAGGUAACCAGUCAGCAUGCACCUCGACUCCAUAUCAUGGCAACCAGACUGUGAACAAAUCAACUCAAUAUUCAAUCAGCCAGACUGUGCCCACGACAACUCAGUAUUCUGGCAAACAGACUGUGGACACAUGUACACAAUAUCCCGGCAAUCAGUCUACACACACUUCAAUUCAAUAUGGCAACCAGAAUGUGAACAUGACAACUUUUUACACAGGCAACCAGACUAGCAACCUGUCUUCUAGUGCAGCAACUCAUUACUCUGGCAGUCAGACUGUUAAUGCCACCACACAGUAUCCAGGCAGCCAUUCUUUACAUACCACUGCACGAUAUCCUGACAAUCAGUCCCAUAGCAGUUCUUCCCAAUUUCAAGAGAACCUUUCCAUGGAGGAUAGAAAUAUUCAGCAAGAUAAGGAACACAGUCUACAAAUUGAACAAAAAGGCGAAGAAUCUCAGUCCUUGUUAUGCUCAGAGACGUUCACGUCACCAACGCCCCCUAGUGAUGACUGUGGAUGGACUCAACCGGGAACUUCAGUCAUUUGGACACAUUGUGAAAACUCUGGUCAGGAGACAGCAUUCAGAAAUUUAGGCAAAUCUUUGUUAAGUAAUGCGGUAAAGAAUCAUGGCCCUUUGUCAAUUGAGCAGUUUCAUUCCAAGAUAGGCAAAAGUGACAAAGGGGAGUUACUUAAAGCUGCUUUACUGGGAGAAACACUUCAAAGUGAAAAAUUAGAUACAGAAUAUUUUAAGCGGGAUAUAAAUUCAAAUUUUCAAAGUAAAUGUGCAGACGACAAAUUGAAAUUUGGUGGAAAUGACGUUGACAGUGGUUGGCGAAUGUCGGGAUCUAAUGGCUAUGACAGGAAUAGAAUGACUGGUAGCUCGACGGGCGGAACCAACAAUAAUAUAAGUCUCUUAUCAGAUGGUUCAAGCACUCAAAGUCAUACGCAGCCUCAGGUUGCUUCAGCUGAGGGGAUGUUAUUAGGACGUAUCGGAGGUACUGGGGGUGUUGCAUUACAUGAUAUUGGUUCACGAAGCAUUGUGGCAGGAACUGCUGGGGCUGGUCCCCACGUUACUCUCGCAAGUGUUUUUCGGCCGCCACAAUCUGUGCCGGAAACUGGUCGCUACGGGACUGCAUUCACAACUGCUGCUGGAUCUUCAGCAGUUGGUCCCUAUAAUUCACCAUUGUAUGCUACAGGGUCACACGGGACUGGCCUGGGGCCUUACAGUGCAUUUUAUAGUCAGUAUCCAAAUUAUAGUGCAGGAGUAAUGCAUGGUACUCUUGAUCCUCAGUAUGGGUCGUAUUCAGCAGUGUUGCAAAGUAUGGGAAGUCAUGCGGCACAGUCACAAGUUCCGCGAUCACCUUACGGAGGUAGUGGGGGAACAGGUGCAGCGGGUGUGCUAAACCAGUAUUCCUUACACAUGCCUCGUACGACUUCACCUGGUGGUAAAACUUUUAUAGCAAACACAAAUAUAGGUACGCAUGAAAGAGACGAUAGUAAAUAUAGACGAGAAAUGGAACUAGAUAAAAGACGGUAUAGUACAGGUGUUAUUAAAGAUGAAAAACCACAUCAUUUUUCUGUGCCAUCAGGCUUUCCAGAACCAGCUAGAGUAUCUUUUCCUUCUACAUUACGAGAAUCUCCGAGUCAAGGUCGUGACCCCCAAGACUAUUAUAAGGUACCCUCAGGUAGGGAAGGUAGUCUGAAACAUAGAAUUUUACGGCCAUCAGAUUCAACUAGCUCUGUUCCAUUAGGAAACCCACAACAUAGUGCUUUCACAAAUACAGAUGAACCAUUUGCUAAACGAACUAAGAGUGAGAGUUUAGGAGUGGACAAAGAAUUUAAUCGGCAAGGUUUGCGUACGGCAGAUAGUUCGCAACCCAGUAUCGAAGUGUCUCAAAGCAGGACCCCACAUUUACAUUAUCCUCCACAUUUUAUGAAGGGGUCAAUAAUUCAGUUAGGUAAUGGUGAAUACAAACGUGUUGAGGACUUAGAAACGGAUGACUUUAGACAUAGUGCAGACGUUAGCAGUGAUCUCAAGAUAGAUUCUAGUACCGUUGUACAUAUCGAAGAGAAUGAGGCUCAGGGUACGGCAGUGCUGGGUUUUGUUGUUGGAGAACAUAAAAUUCAGGUUACAGUGGAAGCUACAGUAGAACACCCAUUCUUUGUGUUUGGACAAGGCUGGUCUUCAUGUGAGCCGGCAUGGACAAUGAAACGGUACGGACUCGAGUGCCACAAACUUUCAGUGGGGGAUGUGUGUAUUUCCUUAACCCAUAAGGAAGUGACUGCUCACGCAGCAGAAAUUUCUCAACAACAGAAACAACAAAGUUUGGAAGAUACUUACGUUUUUGAUAAAGACAGAAAGCAGAUGGAAUCUGUUCAACAGAUCCAAAGGGACAGCCCAGGUCAAGGUCAAAGCCACAGAAACAGGUCCCCAAAUAAUUCUCAGAGCCCAACAAUUCAAGGUCAAAGUUAUAGAUCUGAAGCAGGACAGUACAGUGAAUCAAGCACAGCUCCUGUUAAAGGGGAGCAUUUGUUUAGUUUGUCGGUUUCUUCUCAGAUUCCCUCUUCAUCACAAACUCAGGAACAAAGGUCACUCCCAUCCACAACAUCUUGAGCUGCGUGCUCGAUUCUACCGUAUGUCGGGAGAUAUUUACUAGCUGUAGUUUUGGCAAUGACACAGAUAAGUUUGAUAUAGUUUGUUUACAUUUCCUGAUAUACGGUAAUGUAUGACAAGGUUAUAUUUUAAAAGACUGUGAUAAAAUAUAGAUUCUUUUUUCUCAAAAUAUCUAUUCUUAAAAUUUGUGUGCACACAAAAUUGAAAUGCCAUUAUUUCAAUGUAAUACAAUAUCAUAUUGAUAUAUUGGUUAGCAAUUAUAUUCCAGUUCCACUAUGAUUUCACUAUGAAUUAAUUAUUUUUUGCAUAACAGAUUGAUCCAGUUUUUGUAUAUUUUUCAUGAUUUGCAGUAUAAUUUUGCAACACUUAUAUUAUACUCUACUUUCUAUUGCAAUAUGUUAAAUUUUCAUUGACUUGUACCACAUUUAACAUGAUUGCAUUAAUGUGUUCAUCUGCUUGCUAGAAAAAAAAAUUCAAAUGAUCCUAUAUAAUGAGCUUUAAAGGAACAUGCCUCCAGAUGAAUAUCGAUAAACAACAUAAAAAUAUUAUAACAGAACCAAAUGAAUAUAUAUAUAUAUAUAUAU